CGGGAGACUACGUCCAUUGGAGGGGGAAUACGUAAAGAAUGUCUAAUGUCUAAACGGGAGACUAAAAUGAUAAUAGACAUUUUGGAUAGUUAAAGUGCGACUUUAGAUGGCGGGGUGGGACCCCACUGUCCACCCUUCUCUUCUUUCUUUCUUUCUUAUGCAUGGAUUUCGAUUACCAUUCCUUGUGCGCUGACUUCUCUCGCUCCCUCUCCUUGCACACACAUUUCUACAAACCCUAAUCUCUGACUGUGGAGGGAGGAGAGCUAACGAUUCCACCAUUUCCACUUCUCUUUACUCCAUCAGCUAUUCAAUGGGAGGCGUGAAUUCUAAAGUCGAAGAAGAUAAAGCCUUACAACUUUGUGAUGAACGGAAGAAGAUUGUUAGUGAAGCAGUUGAUGGCAGAUGCUUAUUAGCAGCCAAUCACACUGCUUAUUUAGAGGCGUUGAAAACCACAGGAAUCAAUUUUAGAAAGUUUGUUGAAUUGGACACUACAUUUGAAACUUCUCCCGUUCCUUUAGAAACCCCGGGAGGUGCUGAGUCAGAUGAUGAAUUUAAUUUGACUAGUUUGCCUCCGCUCAGGCGUCUAUCCUCGAGAAUUGUUAACGGGGUGAAACAGGCAGCAAGAGAAAGCACUGUUGAAACUAUGGUUGGCCAGAAAGACCUCUUUUCCAGCAUAAAAGAUAUUGAGUGCCUCUUCAUUCAAGCUGCAGACUCAGGAAGAGAAGUUCCUCAGAUGCUGGAAGCAAAUGAAUUCCAUUUCCACCCAAUUCUAUCCCCUGGAGAUGAACCUGCUCAAACUUCUGUUAAGUAUCUGACAUGGCAUGGGACCAUGUCAUCGCCUUCUUCUUCACUGAGGGUCCCACAUGAUGUGAACUCAACAUAUAUAGAAAAUUCCUCCAAUCAAGAUGUUGAUGACUUUUGUAUGAAACCGGGUAGUCAUGCAUUGACCUUAGAUCGGCUGUUUGCUUGGGAAAAGAAACUCUAUGAUGAAGUUCAGGGAUGUGCAAUGGUGAGACGUGUAUAUGAUGAAAGGUGUAAGGUGCUCAGAGAGCUAGAGUCAAGGGGAGAAAGUUCCGGAAGGAUUGAUAACGUGCGAGCUGUGGUGAAGGAUCUGCACUCCAGCCUUGGGGUUGCCAUUGCCAGAAUAAACUCCGUCUCUAGGACAAUUGAGAACUUGAGAGACAAUGAACUUCAACCUCAGCUUGAGGGGCUGAUCCAAGGGUUUGCCUCCUCUUAUCACUUUAUGUACGGAGUAUUUUACAAAAUCGUUAGGUCUAUAUUUGCAGCCUUAAGAUGGUAGGGAAGUGAACAAGAAAAUGUUUAAAGAUUAAGAAGGAUGUGGGAAAUAAUGCUGGAGUCUCACAGACUUCAGCACCAAAUCAUUUCAGCCUCAAAUUCCCCUGGAAACAUGAAGAUCUCCUUUAUAAAUUCCUCAGAUUCACGCCGGGAAAUCAUAAUCCACCUUGAAAAUGAGCUAACAUCUCUAUCUUCAAUCUUCACCAACUGGAUAAGCGCUCAGAAAACAUAUGUGGAAUCCAUUAACACAUGGCUCACAAAGUGUGUGCUUCUCGAAGAGAAAUCUUCACGGAGACGAAGAAGAAGCGCGCCACCACUCAGAAAAUACGGGCCGCCCGUUUAUGUGAUAUGCGGUGUUUGGUUGGAGAUGUUUGAGUCUUUGCCUACUAAAGACGUGGUUGAUGCCAUGGGAACCUUAGCCUCUGAAGUGACCCGUUUCUUACCGCCCAGCCGUGAGAAAACCCGAGAAAACCCUUCGGGGGACCAUAGCAUUACUGUGUCUUUUGAUCGUUUCAAUACAGGCUUGGCUGUUUUACUAGGGCAGUUAAGUAAAUUUGCAGAUUCUUCUUUGAAAAUGUUCUCACAUCUUCUGGAAGUUACACAAGAUGCUAAAAGCAGCUAUGCAGGAUCAAAGUCGUGACAAUAAGUGGGAUGGAGUGUUCCCUUUCGAAGCUUGAGGUGUUACAGGGAUACUACAACUCGCGAUAGAUAUUACGAGGAAGAGACUUUAGGUCCCGUUUGGUACUCUAAAUAUAUCAAUUGAUCAUAAGUAUAGAAUGUAUCAUCUGAUUUCUUUGACAGAAAUGGAAUUUACCAUGACUAUUUAUUUAUUUUAUGAAAUACUUGGCACGUUCGGUCAAUAUUAGCCAAAUACCCUUGCCAAAUUUGUACGGUACAAUGAACACCUUUACAGUAAUUAAAUCUAAAAGUUUGAGUUUUUUCCCAAACUGGGGUAGUUGUAAAACUUAUUUCCC